AUGACCUCCCAACUCUGUGCCAACACAACCACAGCGACUGGCGUCCACAUACUGAAAGGCUGCUCCACGAACGCGGUCUCUCGCACCUGCUCCAUAUAUCGACGUUCCCGGAGAACGCUUCGAAGUGUCAGGAGGAUCGAGUUUCAUACGCCAGAGGAGAUCGAGGUCUCUUUCGUGGACGCGUAUGGCUCUGAUGGGCUUUCCAAGAUAUGUGUGCGAAGCUUGUCAGACUCUCUGCGGACAAAGCGUCCAUUCCCGAUUCCGGACAGUAUCGAGCUGGUGCAGCAGGAGCGCGACAAGCGACUGAGAAAGUUGGAGUAUCUUGUCGAAUGGACCAAUGCUGAGGUGAACAAGCCCCUGGACUGGAAGGUGAGGGCUAUUCUGGAUAUCUUGACGACUGAUGAGGAUGCUUGA